AUGGAUGCGAGAGUCGCAAUGCAAGAAGCGGACACUAAAUUCGCAGAUUCUGAGAAGGCUAUCAGUGCCGGGAACCAGGUUGGAGGCGUCAAGCUGGCCCGCGAUGCUGUAGACCUUGUCGAGGCCCUCGGCGACCCAGAUGACACAGACGUGUUCCAAGAGUUGGUAGUCAACAUGUUCUGGAAGCACAAGCUAUAUACGCAGGCUGAAGAGAUACAAAAAGACCGUGAAUCGAAUCUCAAGUUGAUAAGCGAUGGAGAAACGAAAGACACAAUUAGGAUCAGACUGGAAGACCACAGAAAGCGCAGACCAAAUGCUCUGCAUGUGCCUAAUCGACCUCAACGACUUCCACCUGCAAACCAAUCGCUAAAAGCCGAGCGACCCAAUCAUGAGCCGCGAACAAGUCGUUCUGCAUCCGAUGCUGAUAACAACUCGGAACUGCAAAUGCCUCAGCUUCGGCCUGCGCGUGAUUCUGCAGUGAUUCGCCGUAUCGAGGACCCACCAAGAGACAUCAUACGCCAACUUCAAAGAAUCAAGUCUUUCCCCAUCAAUACACCUGUCAACAAUGUACUCAUCUCGGACGGUGAUGUAGGGUUGAAGCGCACCAAUUCAAUGCCGCAAAGACCUCCGCCGAACGCAUCUACAGGGUCUCGUCAGCACGGCGGCGAACUUCACGCCCUAAGUGGGCAAUCUGAACAGUGGUUUAAUAACCUAGCGCAAGCGACUCUCCCAUUCAUCCGUGGACCAAAGAAGAGCUUCCAGAGAAGGAGAUAUACGAAAGUACGAGUCGCAAUCUUGGAUACGGGGGUGGGUGCUCCUGAGGAUGAUUAUCUAAUGCAAUCAUUCGAUUCAAUGAUCGUGAAAACUGCAAGCUGCCUCGCAGACGAACGUACUGGCACGAAAGAGGACUUGCAUGGGAUGAAUGUUAUGUACCAACUCUCCAAGACCUGCCCAAAUGCCGAGCUGUAUAGCUAUCGGGUGGCAUCAGCGAGUGCUCCUGGUAGCGAGCCAGAACCUGACAAAGAUGCCGUUAUUGCAGCUCUCAAGCUUGCAAUAAAGGACGAAGUUGACAUUGUGAACAUGUCCUUCGGUUGGCUCCACUGGAAGCAAGAAGUCCAUGACGCGCUAGUGGAGGCUCAGAAAGCCGGCAUACUUCUUUUCGCGUCUGUGUCCAAUUCUGGAGCUCUUGGACCCAUGAGAUACCCUGCGAUCGACGACGCGGUCUUCGCGGUCGAUGCAGCGGAUGCUUCCGGUAACCCUGCGCCAUUCAACAGCCCUGACAGCAUGUCCGAAAGGAAGACGAGAUACACUGCUCCUGGAGUUAAUCUAAAGGGUGUUACUCAGGCAAAACUCGAGGGUACAUCUUUUGCGUCACCCAUACUUGCCGGAGUCGCUGCCCUUUUCCUCGAAUUCGCGAAGCAAGACCCGCUUGCGCGGACCAAAGCUCUUGAGUACGCGAAGAAGAAAGCAGGUAUGCAUGUUCUUCUCGACAUGAUUGUCAUACAGAAAACAGCGGAUAGGUUCUCCUAUGUGACACCAUGGGCACUUUUCUACGAUGACCACGGGAACCAUGGCGGCGAUGGCGAACCGGACAGUCGAAGAUAUCGAGUAGCGGGUAUGAUUGUGGACAAAUUAGUGCAACGAUUCGGGACCGAAGUCAAUAUUGGAAGUGGAGUCUUCAGAUAA